AUGACAUCUUGGAAACUGGCGGCGGCGUUUGCCCUCGUGGGGAUCCGAGCCGUCGGAGCUCAAGACUGUACAUUCGACUCGAUCACGCCCUCCCAAGACCUCGUCUGGUGCCCCUGUGAAGGCCAAUUCUUCUGCGCCAAGCUCGAUGUACCUCUCGACUACAAGAAUCCAAGCCUCGGAAGAGCUUACGUUCCCUUGCUCAAGAUCCCCGCCGCCGCCGAGUCCCCAGACGGCCCCUACCGAGGCGCAAUCCUCAUCAACCCAGGCGGACCAGGAGCAUCCGGCAUCGAGCUGGCGCGCUAUAAUGGCACCACGGUUCAAGCCGCAGCUGGUUCCAACUUUGACAUCAUAGGCUUCGAUCCCCGUGGCGUCGGGCUCAGCGAGCCGCGGCCUAACUGCUCUGCAGGGAUUGCGAUUGGCAAGAAUGGCACACUUUCCGGACGAGAUGCCCCGCGGGUGGUUGAUGGGUACUACCAGCAGUUCAUCGAUUUCGGCAAGGAGCUGGGUGAAAAGUGUCAAGCUCAGACUGGUGCUGAUACCGAAGCUGGCCCGCAUAUGACGACUGCUGUUACCGCUCGCGAUAUGCUUAGCAUUGUCGAGGCCUUUUCUGCUUCUCCUGAUGGCAACCGUACGGUGCUGGACUCAAGUAAGCUGAACUACUAUGGCGUGAGCUAUGGCACCAUGCUCGGUCAGACGUUCGCGUCGAUGUUCCCUGAUAGAGUUGGCCAUGUGGCUAUCGAUGGGCUAGUGGAUCCGAUCAGCUACCAGACGAACUUCACUUCGAGCUCCAUCAACCACGUUGACGGCGUUUUGGGAGCGUUCUUCGUAUACUGUCACGCCGCAGGCCCGGAUCUCUGCUCUCUCUACACGGGGAACACUCCGAAGGACAUCUUUAGCCGAUGGAAUGCUUCGUUUACACAGCUUGAUGCUCAGAAGGCCGAGGCCGAGGGCUGGGCGAACGCUACUGACAUUGGUUUGGCACUUGUGACCUUCAAAGUCAGCGUCCUUGCUGCGGUGGUGCAACCGCUGGCAGAGUUCAGCAGGAUAUCGGACGUCUUUGUGGCAUUAGAGAAGGCCAUCUCUUCCGGCACAAUCGCUGCGUGGACGGAGCAGACGAACGCGAUUUACGGUGAUCCCAACAUGGGGGGAUACGUGAACCCUGAACUGACUCUCGGCAUCUUGUGUUCUGAUCAGAGCAAUGUUUGGUAUGGUAAGUCACUCGCGGAUAUCAAGCCUCUCUUGGACGGCUUGAAGGAUACCAGUAUUGUGGGAGAAGUCUGGGCUAGAACCAUGCUCGCAUGUCUCGAUUGGCCCAUCAGAUCCAACGAUGUUUUCAAGGGUCCGUAUGGAGGUAACACCUCGUACCCGAUGCUCUUUGUCAGUAACACGUACGAUCCUACGACGCCCAUUGAGAACGCCGUCUCGAACGCGCCCAAGUAUGCCAACGCUAGAAGAAUCGUCACUGAUGGCAUGGGCCACACCACCGUCGCCACGAACAACAUGUGUGCGUUUGCCGCCAUUCGAUCUUACUUCCAAGACACCAUGUGUGGCAAGGAGCACUACUGCCCCUUGGAACUGGGCCCAUUCAACGUUCAGCUGAACGGAACGAUCGAGGAGAACCUUGAAGCUGCUGGACUGUCUAAUCUGCACAGUCUUUACUGA